AUGAUGAACUGGACCCCGGAAGUCAGCCAGCCGUCUCCUCGGGUCGGAUCGUGGGUUGAAGGCAUGCACCCAGAGUCAGGCUCUCCGGAGUACGGUCAAAGAUACCGCUGGCUAGACCAGGUUCUAUCGCCCCGGGACGUCCCUAAAAUGGAGGUCCCGGAUGUGGAGUGGACUGCCAUCACGUCCGAUGUCCGUCUUGUCCAGCACCUCCUUGCCCUAUAUUUCUGUUGGGAAUAUCCAACGUUCGCCUCUCUCAGCAAAGAGCAUUUCCUUAAGGACUUCAAAGACGGUACGCGGCGGUACUGCUCCUCGAUCCUUGUGAAUGCGCUCUUGGCCCUCGGCUGCCGCUUUUCGAACCAACCGAACACUCGUGCAAAUUCAACCGACCCUGCAACGUCUGGUGACCACUUCUUUAAAGAGUCCCUCCGCCUAUUCCACCUCGAGACGGAUCAUCGUAGCCUCACGACAAUCCAGGCACUCGGGAUCAUGUCAAUACGAGAGGCGAGCUGUGGCCGAGAUUCAGAAAGCUGGUAUUAUGCCGGGCAGAGUAUACGGAUAGCUCUCGAGAUGGGCCUUCACAUGACUAACGGAACGGGGAACGACGACGACAUUGCCGUUAGGGCAGCCACGUUUUGGGGCGCGUUCGCACUGGAUCAGCUCACUGCCACAGUGUUCUUGCGUCCCACACCUGCCCCCAAGCCCGCCAUCAUCGAUGACAUUGAAGCCUCUCUAUGGAUCCCGUACACAGAUGACGGUGUCCCGUUACAACGCUCUUGCGAACAGCCGUCCAACGUUCGUUCAGUCUACAAGUGCUUCUGCGAGCUAAGCGAACUUGUCCAUCAGUCCCUGUACAUACUCCACUCUCCAGGUCGGCCACUGACAAGCCGGGAUCUGCUGGGGAUUUACACGCAAUAUCUUGAUUGGUACGACCGCAUCCCUGAGGUCCUUCGCCUUGGCCACAACUUUACGCCGGCAGUACUAUUCGCGCAGUAA